AUGAGUGAUCAAUCGUUAUUAAAUCGAAAAAAUACAUCGAAAACGCUCGAUGAGACGAUAGAGAGGUGCAUUGGUGAAUUUGGAUGGGCACAAUUGUUACAAUCCGUCCUCGUAUCUCUAUCGUGGGUUUUCGAUGCACAACAAACAUUUAUCAGUGUCUUCACCGACACACAUGCCGUUAAUGAAUGGUCGUUACAGCAACAAGGGGUGAGUUCACUUCUCAAUGGAUUACCAGCGUCUUCGUUUUUCAUAGGUUGUCUUAUUGGAGGUUUGGUAUUAUCCACAUUGGCUGACACAAAACUCGGACGAAAAAACAUGUUGGUUUUUUCAUGUCUUGUCAUGUCAGUAGCCGGAACCAUUACAUCGAUUUCAACGAACAUUUGGAUUUACUCAUUUUUGAGGUUUUUGAGUGGAUUUGGAAGGGCUACUAUUGGGACUUGUGCACUUGUUUUAUCAACAGAGUUAGUAGGAAAUCAAUGGCGUGGACAAGUUGGUAUAAUUGGUUUUGUUUGUUUUACUAUUGGUUUUCUAUCAUUGCCAAUUAUUGCUUUUUUGAAUAAAGAGUCUUCAUGGAGAGUGAUGUAUUUGUGGACAUGUAUUCCAACAAUUUUGUACUCAAUUUUGGUACAUUUUUUGGUUUGUGAAUCACCAAGAUGGCUUUAUGUAAGAGGGAACAAAGAGGAAUUUGUGUCAACUUUGAAAAGUAUUACAACAAGGAGUAGCUUGACAUUGAGCUUCUUUGGAUCCUUUUUUGAAUUUGAAGAUCAAGAACAUGAUAAUAAAUCGAACGAGUCAUCAACAAUUAAUCUCUACUCAGCUAUCAAGAUGUUGAUCGAAAGAAAAUGGGCUUUUAGACGACUUAUAUCGGUUAUGUUGGUUGGUUUUGGCAUAGGAAUGGUAUAUUAUGGGAUGCCAUUAGGUGUUGGAAAUUUACCUUUUAAUCUAUACCUAAGUGUUACACUUAAUGCACUAUCAGAAUUACCAGCAUCAAUAGUAACAUUUUUCCUAAUUGGAAAACUAACUAGGAAAAAAUCACUAUUAGUAUUUGCUAUGUUAAGUGGAAUAUGUAGUAUAGGUUGUGUAAUAGUACAAAAUGAUGAUUUCAAAGUAUUACAAAUGGGGUUUGAACUUUUUUCAUUUUUUAGUGCAUGUACUGGUUUUAAUGUUUUGUUAAUUUACACUGUUGAAUUGUUUCCAACUUGUGUUAGAAAUUCAGCAGUGUCAAUGGUGAGACAAGCAUUGGUACUUGGUGGUGCAAUAAGUCCAAUGUUAGUGGCUUUUGGGAGGAAAAAUAGAUGGUUUUCUUAUGGAGUUUUUGGGAUUUGUAUAGCAAUUUGUGGAUUGUUUGUGUUGUGUUUGCCAGAAACUAAAGGAAGGACAUUGAGUGAUACUAUGGAUGAAGAGGAGUACAAUGAAAGUGUAUUUGUUUGCUAAUAUCAAUUAUUGUAAAGUAUGACAUUUUCUUCAAUAAAAUUUUGAAUCGAGAGUCUAUCAGAUUCAGUCUUUCUAUCCCACAAAAGUCUAUGUACAUCUCAUUCACCCCAAACUCCACAUAUGAAAUUAUACUGAGUCUGUUCAGGUUAACAUUUUUCAAUAAAAUUUUGGAUAAAAUGUCUGUCAGAUUCAAUCUUUCUGUCCCUCAAAGGUAGAGGUUAAGUCUGUGUACACUUCACUCACUCCAGACUUCACUUGUGAAUCACACUGAGUUAGUUCCUGUUGUUGAUGAAUUUUUAAUAAAAUUUUGAGUUGAAGGUCUAUCGAAUUCAGUCUCUCUAAUCCACAAAGACAGAAGCUAAGUUUGUGUACACCUGACUCACUCCAGACUCUACGUAUGGAAUCACAUUAAGUUUGUUCUUGUUGUUGAUAAUUUUUUUCAAUAAAAUUUUGAGUUGAAGGUCUAUCAGAUUCAGUUUCUCUUCUACAGAGGUACAAGUUAAGUCUGCAUACACCCUGCUCAACCCCAGACUCCACUUAUGAAAUAACAUUGAGUUUGUUCUUGUUGUUGAUAAUUUUUAAUAUUUUUUUAGCGAAGGCUUGUCACAUUCAGUCUCUCUGUCUCGCAAAGAUAGAGGUUAUGUCUUCAUACACCUCGUUCAA